GGACCCGGGGAGGAGCUGCGGCCUCAGGUACCAGGCGGGGCGGUUGCUGCGGGCGACCAUCGGCUCGGCCCUACUCGGCUAGACUCGGCCUUGCUCGGCUCGGCUCUCCCAGUCGCCGGCGAUCCAUCCUCGGGCGGAGGUGCUGCUUUGUGUGUAUUGGAUAAAACAGGACCGGGGAAACACUCACCUGCUGCAGCGUUGGAAGGAGAAACUUUGAAGUCGGAAGACCAAUAAUAAGCUUGCCUGACUGUUGGACUCUGGCCCACAAAUUCACAUUCGUAGUGCCGUGUAACAUUCACACCACUUGGUUUCUUUGGGACUUCUCUUAUCGCCAAGUGAUUCUGGAUUUGCCAAAUAUUGCGGAGUAGCUUGUAAGAAUGAGCGAAUUCUGGUUAUGUUUCAACUGCUGCAUUGCAGAACAACCACAGCCGAAAAGGAGGCGACGGAUAGAUAGGACCAUGAUCGGAGAGCCAACAAACUUUGUUCACACAUCUCACAUGGGGGCUGGAGAUAUGUUCGGCGAACAAAUUCACUCUGUAAAUGAUGUACACGACCAGAUGCAGUCUAAGGGCGGCUACAGUGACUCUGUGCCAAUUAGUAUUCGGACAAUGCAUCUCAUCGAUACAACAGCAGCAUAGCGUCAUCAGCAAUGGAGUUACAUUGCUCCAGUUAAUCCAUUUGUUCCUGUCUUCUUUAAAACCUGCGCCUGCGACUCCUUGAUUCCCCGUGUCUCCUCUGUCAAGACGUUUUGAGUUGGUUACUGAAGAAACAAAAACAUUGUGUUAAAAGUGGCUUUUAAAGCCACUUUUAAACAUGUUGCUCAUAAUAUACUUGAAGCACAUGAGUAAGCUUAAAGCUGCACUUGCGUUUUCUGAAGUAGAUGAUACAUUCUCCAAUAUUGGCUGAUUCAGUCAAAUUAGGAGUUUGCUAAAAGAUCCGUUGACCAGUCUUUUUGAGUUGACUUGUAAUAAUUAUUGGAGCCAUGGGUACAAAUACUUAGUUGAGAAAUAAAGCUUAGCAAAUGACAGCACAAUUAUAUAUGGAAUGAUAUUUAAGUACAGUGUUCUGUGGGUUUAUCGUACGGAAUUCAUGUCAAAUCGUUUUGCAGCAUUUUAGAUGUGGAUACCUGUAUAGAAUUACAAAUUGAUUGGGUCAUUGGAGAUCCAGUGACUUGAUAAUGGGGAGCCAUGUGUUUACAUUGUUGCCUGUUUUAUGUAAAUAUUGCUUUCUAAUAAAAUAAUGAAUUCCCUCG